UCUGUGAAAUGUACAGCCACCGAGCCCGCGGCGAUCUUAGAGUACAAGUGCACAUUGUUUUUCCUAACAAUAAGAGGACCUCGCGAUCGCUUCAGGGCUCGAGUUCGAAGGUCGAGAUUAAAUCUUAUCGGGAUUCUGGUGAAUUACAUAACCGGCGCCUAUUAUUGGCGACCGGGGGCGGAAGGAAAAAAAAAUAUUUUUAUUUUUUCACGAUGACGCAAUGAGCGUACACAUAUACAUAUCUUAUUCGCUGUACUAUUAAUAGAAUUGUAACCCUGGACAAACAGAUAUAUAUAUAUACAACUUCUCUACCGAUAACGUCAUAAAAAGCUGACUUUUGUCACUUUUAAUAAUUACAGAUACAGUGUAAUAUUUGUACUAUUUUGUCAAAUCAACGGGCUUCAUUUAGUUCCUAGAGAAAUAUAAACAUGGCAGCGACGUGUUUUGUACAGCCGUUGGAUUUAAUAAAGAAUCGCAUGCAGCUGAGCGGCACGAAAACAUCAACGCUGAGCGUCACGUCGGCUAUUCUAAAGAAUGAGGGUGUCCUGGCACUAUACUCAGGCCUGUCCGCCGGUUUGAUGAGACAGGCCACGUAUACCACCACUAGACUUGGUAUAUACACUUGGCUCUUGGAACUCUCUUCGAAAGAUGCGCAGCCAAGUUUUAUCACGAAGGCCCUGCUCGGUAUGACCGCUGGGUGUGUCGGAGCAUUCGUGGGCACACCAGCCGAAGUAGCUUUAAUUAGGAUGACAGCGGACGGAAGAUUAUCUCUUGCUGACAGGCGGAAUUACAAGAACGUUUUCGACGCGUUGUUCCGUAUAAUCAGAGAGGAGGGUCUCUUCACGUUGUGGCGCGGCGCCAUUCCUACCAUGGGACGAGCUAUGGUUGUAAACGCGGCGCAGUUGGCGUCGUACUCUCAGGCGAAGCAGGCCUUGCUGGACACAGGGUACUUUGAGGAAAAUAUUCUGUUACACUUUGCAAGCUCCAUGAUUUCUGGUUUAGUCACCACCGCUGCCUCCAUGCCAGUAGAUAUAGCGAAAACAAGAAUCCAAAAUAUGAAAACGGUGGACGGCAAACCGGAGUUUAAAGGCGCAAUCGACGUCCUGACCAAGGUUGUAAGAAACGAAGGAUUGUUCGCAUUGUGGAAAGGCUUCUUCCCGUACUAUGCGCGUCUCGGGCCCCACACAGUCCUCACCUUCAUUUUCCUCGAGCAAAUGACUGCUGCUUAUAAAGUAUACCUGGUAUAGUUGUAACUGCGUGCGUUUGCAAGAAAGUUGUUAUUAACGAUUUAAGGAUUCGGGCAGAAUCUUUGUUUUUUCUUUUGGUCUCUUUGUUUCAUCAUGUAUCCUGAGAGAGAAAUGUUAUUUUUAUAAUGAACUUACUUUGUAGCAUACAUAUAAUACUACCGUCACAUCACGCACACAAUUGCAAUAUCAUUUUAUAUGAACGUAUAUAAGACCCACGCAAUCUUACAAUAAAGAUUAUCUAUAGCAGCUUCUGUGAAAUCGAUCACGCGUUGAAACUUUUAAUCUCUGAAAAGAAUAUCCUCAGCUUCUCUAAUUGAAGAAUGGUACAAAGAUAAAUUUCCACGUCGAUGUAAGUAUAGUUUAUGCAUUUCAAAUAUCCUGCCAUACAAUUUGAGAUACGUGCAAUACAUUAAAGUAUUUUGCUAUUGUUUUGUAGAAAGAGUGAGAGUGAGAGAGAGAGAGAGAGAGAGAGAAAGGGGAAGAUGUGUAUUCUAUGAAUAUGUACGAAUGCAGAGCUCGUCUGGUACGAACUCUAGUACUCUUGUACAGGCAUGCCAUUUAAGUUCAGCCUCUCGGUCGUUGUUAUUCUCAAUGUUAUUUUGUAUGAGAUUUGUUUUAUAGAUACGCUUUAGACACUACAUCUUGUAUAGCGAGAUGCCGCUGUUGUUAUUAGGUACGAAAGUUGAACGGGCGUAUUAAAGAGUGACGCGUUAGAAUGCAUUAAGAUUUAAUACAGAAAGAUGUGUCAAUACUAUUGUACAUUAUUGAGGUAACGAAGACUUAGUAAUAAAAAUGUAUGUAUUUAAAAUGUAA